ACGCCCUCGGUUAGUUUUUGAUCAGGCGUCUCCGAAGUCGCUCUGUUGUGGGGUCCUUUCUUCUUCGCUUCCUGCUCCACGUAUUGAGAAGAUCACCAACAUCCUCUUUGACAGAUAAUGACAUUUGACCGUGUCCAUCCAAACGACAUCCUCCCUUCAUGUCCGCCAGCUGAACCCCGUCGGUAGCCUGGUGACCGGAGACAUUUGGACGUCGUGUCUGUUGGAUACAAAAUGUCCUGGUUUGCUGACUUGGCCGGGAAAGCUGAAGACUUCCUGAAUAAAGUGGACCAGGGAGCUGCCACUGCCCUGACCACUAACCAGGAGAGAACAUCUUCCUUUUCGUCAUCCUUUGGAGAGGAAUCUAUUACCAAACCCGAAUACAACACUGCACAAUACAAGAGCCAUGCUACUGUGACGCAUCAUGCUUAUGCAUCUUCUGAUGAUGCACCGAGUUAUGUUGCUGCAGCGGCUGCCAACAUCAAGAGAUCCGGUGCUACGCUGCUGUCUGGUACUGCCAACGCGGCAAGUAUUCCCUCCGGUUCUCUCAGCAACCCCCCCAACUCUGCCAAGACCUCGUCUGGCUUUGUGAGGCCCAAAAAACCAUCUGAGCAGGAUGUGGACGACGACAUGCUCUUUGACUUUCUGAACAGCUCGGACCCCCCGCAGAGCGACAGGAGGGAUUCAAGAAGAGAACUUGUGAAAGUGGCGGUUCCGGUAACCGAGGUCGAAAACCCAACGCCUCCUCUUUCCACCACUCCUCAUACCGUCCCCUCGGCCCCGUCAACGCCCCCCUCAACCCGGGGAGUAUCCAGGGCCUCCAGCAUGAGCUCACUGUCUGCCCACAGCAUGAAAACAUCAGAGGAGAGCUCCACUAAAGAACAGAGCCACGACACACCCGAGAGUUCUGACUCAGGCUUGGCUGUCCUGCUAGAUUCCAGCAGGCAGGAUCCCCCUUCUCCUCUUCCUCCUCCUCCUCCAACGGAGGAGCCACAGAGCCAUAUCCUGUCCAGUUUGCGUUUGGAGAACCAGAUGCUGCGUGGUGAGGUGGCCUCCCUCAACCAGGAGAUGGCUUCAGUCAUCCAGAGGGCGAAAGACUUACAAGACGAAUUGAACCAGGCUCGUCUACGGGCAGACAGAUGGAACUCGGAGCAGUCUCAGACCGACCGGAUGGUGCGGGAACUUCGGUCAAAGGUUGAUGACUUAACCGAAGCCCUCUCCGCCAAAGACGGUCAGCUUGCAGUCCUGAAAAUCAGGCUCGAUGAAGCCGAUCAGAUGCUGAUGUCCCGCUGUGCUGCGUUAGAAGAGGCACAGAUGGAACGGUCAAGAAUUAUGCAAGACCAAACCGAGGGGAGCAGCGUGCAGUCCCAAGCUUUUGACACAAUACAAGAGCGGCUGAGAGAGGCUGAUCUGGCACUCCGGAGGGAGCAGGACAGCUACCGGCAGAUGCAGAGUGAGUUUGCUGGCCGCCUGUCCAAAGUGGAGGCUGAGCGGCAGAUCCUCGCCGAGACGGUGACUGCAGCAGAGCGGCGAGCGGCAGAGGAGAAGCUCCGGGUCGACGACAUCCAGCUGCAAUUGAAAAGUGCCAAAGCUGCAGCGGAGACGGCCAAACAGGAGUUACAAGACUACAAGCACAAAGCUUCACGCAUCCUACAAUCCAAAGAGAAGCUGAUCAGCAGUCUGAAGGAGGGAUCUGGUCUGGACACCGUAGACGGCAGCGGGGCUUUUGCUCUGGAGCUGGAGGACCUGCGUCACGAGAAGGAACUGCAUAGGGAGGACGUCCAAAAACUACAGGGACAAGUGCACACACUGCGGAUAGAAAUACAGGAUUUGGAGAAUCAGGCCUUGACAGAGGCAGAGACAUGGCGGGAGCAGCAGAUGCAGUUCGAGGAGCACUACGCCUUACAAAACAGGGCUAAACAGGAGGUGGAGGUGGAGGUCGAGCGCUACAAACAGGAACUUCAGUACCUUGAGGAAGAGAACCAUCGAACUAAAACCACUCUGCAGAGCAGAAUCAAGGACCGAGAAGAUGAAAUCCAAAAACUCAGGAACCAGUUGACCAACAAGACUCUCAGCAGCAGCAGCCAGACCGAGCUGGAGAAUCGUCUCCACCAGCUGACGGAGACGCUGAUCCAGAAGCAGACGAUGCUGGAGGCUCUGGGAACAGAAAAAAGCUCCCUGCUCUUUCAGCUGGAGCGUCUGGAACAGCAGCUGAAGAGCACUCAAGGAGGACCGAGUGGAGGGCCCUCCAUCAACAUGAGCGGUCUUGAGGGACCAGUUGCACGACAAAGAACCACACCCGUCCUGUUCAGCGAUCAGGACAGUCCAGGAGUUUAUGGCAAAGUUCGCAAGGCAGCUAGCACCAUUGACCGUUUCAGCAUCCGACUGGGCAUCUUCUUGAGGCGUUACCCUGUGGCCAGAGUUUUCGUUAUCCUGUACAUAGCGCUGCUACACCUGUGGGUCAUGAUUGUUCUGCUGACUUACACACCAGAAAUGCACCGUGGUCAUCCUGAUGGAAGAUAGAAGGCUUGAAUUUUAGUGUUUUAAAUUAUGUUCUACAGCCUUCAAUGUAAGGAGGGUACAAGCUGCUGGAAUAUGGGCUAGGGUUCCUGUCUCCCUUUUUUGCACAGACAUGCUAUGAAUUAAAGACAUUUCCUCUGAUUUAUUCUUUAUUUUUUAUAAGGAAAGAUCAAUAUGGGACAGCAGCAUUGGGUUUUAACAAAAAUUCCAGAGGGAUAUAUUAUGUAUAAACUAUUGGUGGUCUGCUGAUAAGAUAUUAAAUCUAACAUGAUCUCACAUUUGUUCUUCUUAUCUGCUUUCCGACCGCUGCUUUCUUGUAUUUAACACUAUGUAAAAAGAUAAAAAGAAUCUUUUAAUAAACAAGUUCGAUAAAUCAACACAGCCUGUCAAUUUUCUCAUAGGCUAUGUUUGUUUUGUAGCUUACACUAGAGGGAUCGCCAAAGCCCAAGUUGGUUUCCUGUUCAUGAGGAGUGUGACUCAUUGAAUCCUUUUGUGGCUCUGAAUUACGGAAAAUAAAGGAGUACAGACCAAUA